AUGUCAGCAUGUCAACCAGUCCAUACACCUAUUGAAGAAAGGGUGAAACUAUGUAUUGAGCCUGAUCAAGUACCUGUUGAUAAAGGAAUAUAUCAAAGACUUGUGGGAAUAUUGAUGUAUCUAUCUCACACGAGUCCAGAUCUUGCUUAUGCACUUAUUGUUGUUAGCCAAUUUAUGCACAAUCCAGGCGAGCAACACAUGGAUGUAGUUAUGCGUAUCUUGCGAUAUUUGAAGUCUGCUCAUGGAAAAGGGAUUUUAUUCUCUAAAAAUAAAGAUUUUCGAAGAAUUGUGGCAUAUACAGAUUCAUACUAUGCAGGAGAAAUAGAUGGAAGACGUUCCACUGCGGGCUACUUUACCUUUGUGGGGGGUAACCUAGUUACAUGGAGAAGCAAAAAACAGGAUGUUGUUUCACGUUCAAGUGCAUAG